AUGAGAAGAAGACAACUAGAGCCUUUAGGUCAACGAUUUGGGCGACAUGAUCUCGAUCGAUUAGGCUAUUUCCACGACCCAAAUCCGGCACCGUUCGACAAAUAUGAAGGAGUUCCCGUCCGCUUUCGACAAGGCAUCGAGAAAGGACGUCAAAUGAUUCCAGGACCUCCUACCGAUUUAUUCGAAGAGCAAUUCGCGAGAAUUUUGUAUGGAGAGGCAUUAUACGAACCAUGGCGUUUCGAGGCUAAAGAACGGUUGGAGCGCGAACAAGCAAAACUUGGAAGUCAUAUGUUACCACCUUCACCUGCCAAAAAGCAUGCAACACCUGGUGAUUGGCACGGAUGUUUCGAAAAGGUCAGUUAUUUCAGUUCUGCUGUGAAGCAACAAACCAAAAAAAAGGAACCGGAACUACCGAACCCGAAGAUCAAACCUAAUCCUCGUGGUGGGCCAGGAUAUACUGAUAUUUGUCUGAACCCUUUUCCACCAUAUGCCCAUGAUCUUUAUGAUCCUCAGAGGACAGAACGUGUGGGUCGAUUUUUGAUCGCCAGUGCACCACUAGACUUUUUCCCACCAAACCCUUACCUAGACCAGUCUCCUGGACCCACGUACGUAAGACCUAAAGAAGUUGCAGCGAAAAUGAUAGGACCCGGUCGAAUUUACGUUCCAUUUCCUAAGAAACCUGGCGGGAAUUAUUCGGGUUGUUUCGACAAGUACCCUGCGUACCACAGUGAUCCUUACAACAAACGUAUUAAGCAACAGAAAGUGGAAGAUAAAUUCGUCUCAGGUGGACCACCUCUACGAACAAAGUAUACUAACAGCAUUAUAAAUCAGGUUACGGACGUGUCUUGUAACGCGACAAAUUACCUAAACUAUCGGGAAAAGGUUUACGCUUUGGAUAAGUAG